AUGGGACGUGGAAAGAUUGAGAUAAAGAGGAUCCAGAACACCACCACAAGGCAAGUCACCUUCUCCAAAAGAAGAACUGGCCUCAUCAAGAAGACACAUGAACUUUCUGUGCUUUGUGAUGCACAGAUCGGCCUCAUCAUCUUCUCCAGCACAGGGAAGAUGUUCCAGUACUGCACCGAACCCUUAAGGAUGGAGCAGAUAAUAGAAAAGUACCAGAGAUCAACAGGAACUCGCAUAAUGGAACGUGAUCACCCCCGGGAAGAAUUAUUCCAUGACAUAGCAAUGCUGAGGCAAGAAACUCUCCGUCUUGAAUUGGGAAUUCAACGCUAUCUUGGAGAGGACAUGGGCUGUUUACAAUAUGAAGAGUUGACUAAACUUGAACAAGAAUUAGAGAACUCUGUGGCAAAAGUUCGAAACCGUCAGAAUGAGCUCUUGCAACAGCAAAUGGAGAAUCUGCGAAGGAAGGAAAGGAUCAUGGAAGAGGAAAACAACAAUUUGUCCAAUUGGAUUCAGGAGCACCGAGCAGUGUUGGAGUUUCAGAAGGCUACAGUGGAAGCAAACAAACCAGUGCAAGUAAUGGAUCACUUCCCAUUCUUUGAAGAGCAACCUGCUGGUAGCAUCCUUCAACUUGCUUCCCCUGUGCUUCCACACCUUCAUCCAUAUCUUCAGCUGGCACAGCCCCACAACCAUAACAAUGGUAUUAAUUCAACUAUAUCUUAA